CUCCGCCGCGCGGCGCGCGCGCUUGAGCUUGGGCAGGUGUGGUGCAGCUCAUCUGCAAGGUGCUAGUGGCCAAGGUGGGGAGGCAAACAGGAGGCGGCGCUGGACCCACGUGCAGCAGCAUUGCACUACAGGGGUGUGCAGGAUUCCAAUGCCUGUUUGUGUGCCUAGGAAUGAAAACUACUGGCUGAAGGGCAGCAGCACCAGUUAAAAAGAAAACAAAGCAAACAAUUUGUCAUUCAAAGAAGUAAAAAAUGGCAUCAACAGCACACAUCUCAGAGGAAGAGAUGACAGACUUAAGAGAAGCUUUCAAUAAAGUCGACAUUGAUGGAAAUGGUUUCAUAAGCAGUUCUGAAUUAACAGAGCUGUUCAAAGCAGCCAAUCUGCCUCUGCCAGGAUAUAAAGUCAGAGAAAUCACUCAGAAUUUGAUGGCCACGGGAGAUCAAAACAAUGAUGGCAAAAUCAGCUUUGAUGAAUUUAUUGCAGUUUUCCAGGGCCUGAAGAGUACAGAUGUCGCUAAAACCUUUAGAAAAGCAAUCAAUAAAAAGGAGGGGAUUUGUGCUAUCGGUGGAACUUCAGAACAGUCCAGUGUUGGAACCCAACAUUCUUAUUCGGAAGAAGAAAAGUACGCCUUUGUGAACUGGGUUAACAAAGCCCUAGAGAAUGAUCCUGAUUGCCAACACGUGCUCCCAAUGAAUCCAGACACUGAUGACCUCUUCCAGGCGGUUGGUGAUGGCAUCGUGCUGUGUAAAAUGAUCAACUUUUCAGUGCCAGAUACAAUUGAUGAAAGAACAAUCAACAAAAAGAAGCUCACUCCAUUCACUAUACAGGAAAAUUUGAACCUUGCUUUGAACUCUGCCUCAGCCAUCGGGUGCCAUGUUGUUAACAUUGGGGCUGAAGACUUAAAAGAAGGGAAACCUUACCUGGUCUUGGGCCUCUUAUGGCAAGUUAUCAAAAUUGGCUUGUUUGCCGACAUUGAGCUCAGCAGAAAUGAAGCUCUGAUUGCCCUUCUGCGGGAAGGAGAGAGUCUAGAGGAUCUGAUGAAAUUAUCCCCAGAGGAACUGCUGCUGAGGUGGGCUAACUAUCACCUGGAGAACGCUGGAUGCAACAAAAUCAAUAACUUCAGCACAGACAUCAAGGACUCCAAAGCUUAUUAUCAUUUGCUGGACCAAGUUGCCCCAAAGGGAAAUGAAGAAGGUAUUCCAGCUAUUGCUAUUGACAUGACAGGAUUAAGGGAGAAGGAUGACAUCCAGAGGGCAGAGUGCAUGUUGCAGCAAGCAGAGAGAUUGGGCUGCCGGCAGUUUGUUACUGCCACAGAUGUAGUCCGUGGCAACCCCAAGUUAAACUUGGCUUUCAUUGCCAACCUUUUUAACAGAUAUCCUGCCCUCCAAAAACCAGAGAACCAGGACAUUGACUGGAGUUCUAUUGAAGGUGAAACAAGGGAAGAGAGGACAUUUAGGAACUGGAUGAACUCCUUGGGUGUUAGUCCCCGUGUCAAUCAUUUAUAUAGUGACCUGUCAGAUGCCAUGGUUAUCUUCCAGCUUUAUGAAAAGAUUAAAGUGCCGGUAGACUGGAGCAGAGUGAACAAACCACCAUACCCUAAGCUGGGUGGUAACAUGAAGAAGCUUGAAAACUGCAACUACGCAGUGGAUCUGGGAAAGAAUCAAGCCAAGUUUUCCCUCGUUGGAAUUGCUGGGCAGGAUCUCAAUGAAGGAAAUCGCACACUAACCCUGGCCUUGAUCUGGCAGUUAAUGAGAAGGUACACUCUGAGUAUCCUGGAAGAUAUUGGUGGUGGACAGAAGGUCAAUGACGACCUCAUUGUCAACUGGGUAAAUGAAACACUGACUGAAGCUGGAAAAAGUUCAGUCAUCAGUAGUUUCAAGGACAGCAAAAUCAGCACAAGCAUGCCAGUCCUGGAUCUCAUUGAUGCCAUUCAGCCAGGUUCCAUCAAAUACGACCUUCUGAAAACAGAGGACUUGAAUGAGGAAGAGAAACUUAAUAAUGCUAAAUAUGCCAUCUCCAUGGCAAGAAAAAUUGGAGCAAGAGUCUAUGCCCUUCCAGAAGACCUGGUUGAAGUAAAACCCAAAAUGGUCAUGACUGUGUUUGCUUGCCUUAUGGGAAAAGGAAUGAAGAAAGUUUAAGCCAUAAAAGACUGAUAUUCAUGACUGGUAUAUGCCCCCUGACUCCCUCAGACCGGACGUUCCUCAGACUCAGAUAUCAAGGAAAUAUGCUGUCUUGGUACUUUCCAAAGCAUGAAUGCUAGACAAGGUUCCAAAUCGUACAAAAGAUGACAUGCAUAUCCAGCAAAACAAUCUACCAUGUUCUGUAUGGAACAGCAAUGUGCUUGAUUUCUUUGCCACAUUAUCCCCUUUGCUAGAUGUAGCCUUUUCUGCUUCCUGAAUAUGUUUCCAAACAACACGAGCUUUACAUGUGCUGAUAUUAAUGGCUGUCCAGGUCAUUGUCUGGAGAUCACCUGGCAUAUUUGUUUUGGGAGCAGGAUUAGGUUAUACACCUUUUUCAGGAUUGUGAAAUGUUACAUUAACUCUCUUAUAGGUGUUCAUGCUUGUAACAUUUACGCUAUGCUUUCCUUCAGCUUGUACCUGGAACUACAAAAGAGAUUUCCUUAAGCCAAUGCAGGUACUGCAUAGUGUCCUUAUCAGUGUUUAUUUUUCAGUGAUAGUAAAAUCCACUCUGUUGGGAAACUCUUGUGGCAACAAAAGUGCUAAUUAAGGACCUUAUUGUGGCACCCUUAUUCAGACUAAGUAGUACUUUACACCACGAGUAGUCCCAGUGCUAUCAGUGGCAUUACUUGCAGAAUAUGACAUUAAUCAUUGAAUAAAAGUCUGGCCCUCAGAGCAUCCUAAUUCUGUGAGACCUUCACAGCCCAUGUUGUGCAAGAUUAUCAUUCAUUUUUAUUUCAUGACAUGCUUUAAAACACAGCAAGAACAUCCUUAAAAUGAAAUCUGUGCUAAAGAACUUAAGGAGAGGUCUACUCACGUAGUAGCAACAAUACAGCUGGGACCAGAGUGAAGUGAACAUAAGGCCACAUAGUGACAGAUUUAUUUAUCAAACAAUAAUUCAGCCCUGCUAACAACUUUGAACAGGCUUGCAGACAAUACAAGGUAUGCUACUGAACACACAAGGGGCCAGGGCCCUGAUUAAGCAAGGCAAUUCAGCAUGUACUUAUCUUAAUUAGGCACAUGCUUAAGUGCUUUACGGAAUUGGGGCCCAUUUCCUCAACUGGGGUAAAAAAGCAUAGCCCACAUUGACUUCAACAUAGCUCUGUCAGUUUACUCUAGCUGAGGAUCUAGCCCUAUCUGUUUAGAAUAAUUGAAAUACAUUGCACUGAAUCUAUUCUUUGGCAUGUGGUAUUCAUUGUUAUGCUCAUUAAGUGCAUUCUACUGUAGUUCAAAUGCAAAAGAAGUGAGUUUUGCCUUAAUGCACAUUCUUUCCCCCUGCGAAAUUGCCUUAAUGAAGAAUAAAUAUACAAUGAUGAGAAAAGCCUCUCUAAAUAAAACAUUCUAUAAGUCAAAA